CAAAGCUGUUGUGGGUAGCACAGCCGCAACCACAACAACAGAAACAACAACAACAACAACAAGAACAUUUGCCGGGGACUCCAUUGCAGAGAGCUCUGACAACAGACAUACGACGAGUAUAAUGGCCGACAUGAUGAAGGAUGUGCAGCGAGAGAGGGAGGAGAAUGAAAAGGAGCAGGAGCAGAUGGUCGCAGCUCAAGAUGCCGGCACAAUGGCGCGUAAUGAGGAACCGGAAAUGCCGCUGCAUGACAGCGACAGCCAUAAUGCGGAGACCAUUGAAAACUUUGGCGACGAGACAGGUUCAGAGCUAGUCGACCCACCACAGUCCGAGUUCGAGCAGUUGCAACUUAACCGAGAACGUGAAGAGCUUGAAUCUUCGGACGAUGAAGAGAUUCUUGCAGUGCCAAUCGAAAUGAGCGACACCUUUAACGAUGAGUGGGCAACUUUAGAUGGAGAUACAGCGGAUCCGGAUCCAGGCAACGAAUUGAAUAAUCACAUUGAUAUUUAUGAGAAGUUUGUGCCUGUGGAUCUGUCCAAUGAUAUUGCAGUUAACGACGCAGCAGCCGCAAAUCCCGACUUUCCAUAUAAUCCAGAUGCCGAGCUUUUUGAGGUGCGUACACCUGUCCAAACGAUGCCAAAGUUUGAGAAGUUAUCCCUAAUGCCCCCAACGCCAUUAGAGAAGUGAGCCAUAGGCGAUAUUUAAGGAAUUACCUUAAGUGUUUUAGUUUAUAAGAAAACUGCAUUCAUUAUCAUUGCUCGAAUACCAGAAUGAAAUCUGGGCAUUUCCACAGGCAUUUCCAAAAACAUGAAAAGCAGUUGCACUAUAUUUAUUGAAAUUUAUGUAAGCAAUCGACCUUUCCGAUUAACAGGUAUAAGCGAAAAUAUGCAAUGACUUCACGUAAAAAAAAAGCAGUUGGUUUUGAAUUCAAAUUGCAAAACGCAAAUCUCUCUGAAAUAGGCAAGCCUUUUGCAUAAAAAACCUCUUUUAAAAAUCACUUGAAAAAAUUAAAGUUAACUUUUCAUUUUUUUAAUUUAAA